AUGUUACCCUUCAUAUCAAGCUUAAUUAGAAAAAAGGAAUUUUAAGAUUUUGCCGGAGUUUGUAGAGGCAUCUACAGAGUAAUUGAUGGAGUCACUUAACCUUAAUUAAUUAAAGAUAAUCUAAUAGAUCAAUUCAAAUAGGAAAAAUAGACCACCACCAUAAAUGAAAAAAGUGAAACAAUCAAAAAGCCAGAAUAUAGUUCAAUAUAGAAUUAAACUCCUUAGCCCAUAUAUGGAGUAUAAGAAUAAUAGUAACCACCUCAACAAAUCAACAACAAAAUAAAUGAGUAGAUUAAAGAUACCCAUCAAAGGAAAGGUAUUGAAUAAGAUCAAUAAAGCAAUGAUUAGUAAUCUUAAAUUCCUUCUCCUCCUCCUAUCAAUAAAUAAUUUACUGAAAAUAAAGUGCCUUAAACAGCAAUUGGAAGAGUGUAUGAAUUUGGAGCCUUGGGCGUUAGUUUGGCAACUAAUGCGAUGAAAACGAUGGUCACUUAAUAAAAUGUACAAAUUAAUUGAGAAUAAUAGGUGUCUUUUAGAUAGGCGUUGGUAAGUGAGGAGAAUGCUUCUCUCUUGGCCAAGGGUCUUUGCAAAAUGAGAGGCGCCCCCUUGAAACUCGCUCAAGCUUUAAGUAUUCAAGAGGAUGAAGUCAUUCCAAAACACAUUCGAUAGGCUUUUGAAUAGGCUAGGUAGAAUGCUGACAUCAUGCCCUAAAAGUAACUAGAGAAAGUACAAGAAAUAUUGUUAAAGAAUAGAUGCUCAAACAAGAGUUAGGCAGUGAUUGGAUGAGCAAAUUCAAAGAAUUCGAACUCAAACCCUUUGCUGCUGCUUCGAUUGGACAAGUGCAUGAAGCCAUUACAUCAUAAGGGUAACGUGUGGCUGUCAAAAUUCAAUAUCCAGGAGUGAAGGAAGCCAUAGAUAGUGAUUUAAACAAUCUGAAAAGACUUAUGGAAUAUACCAACUUGUUCCCAAAGACCAUGUUCUUAGAUAAAUUGAUAGCCAAUACCAGAAGGGAAUUGCAUGAGGAAUGCGAUUAUAAGAUAGAAGCUGCAAAAUAAAUGAAUUAUAGGAAGUUAUUUGGAAAUCAACCUGAAUUUGCCAUUCCUGAAGUGAUUAGCGACUUGUCAACGACCAGGAUCUUGACUGCUGACUACUUGUAUGGAGACACAAUUGAUUUUGCAGCUGAAAAUUACCCUUAGCAUUUGAGAAAUGAAAUCGGGAGAAGAGUGAUGAGUCUGACACUCUAAGAACUCUUUAAAUUUAGAACCAUGCAGACAGAUCCAAANGAGUUUAUUUUAUUAAAUAUAAAAUUAAUUCUGGUAUGUUACCCUUCAUAUCAAGCUUAAUUAGAAAAAAGGAAUUUUAAGAUUUUGCCGGAGUUUGUAGAGGCAUCUACAGAGUAAUUGAUGGAGUCACUUAACCUUAAUUAAUUAAAGAUAAUCUAAUAGAUCAAUUCAAAUAGGAAAAAUAGACCACCACCAUAAAUGAAAAAAGUGAAACAAUCAAAAAGCCAGAAUAUAGUUCAAUAUAGAAUUAAACUCCUUAGCCCAUAUAUGGAGUAUAAGAAUAAUAGUAACCACCUCAACAAAUCAACAACAAAAUAAAUGAGUAGAUUAAAGAUACCCAUCAAAGGAAAGGUAUUGAAUAAGAUCAAUAAAGCAAUGAUUAGUAAUCUUAAAUUCCUUCUCCUCCUCCUAUCAAUAAAUAAUUUACUGAAAAUAAAGUGCCUUAAACAGCAAUUGGAAGAGUGUAUGAAUUUGGAGCCUUGGGCGUUAGUUUGGCAACUAAUGCGAUGAAAACGAUGGUCACUUAAUAAAAUGUACAAAUUAAUUGAGAAUAAUAGGUGUCUUUUAGAUAGGCGUUGGUAAGUGAGGAGAAUGCUUCUCUCUUGGCCAAGGGUCUUUGCAAAAUGAGAGGCGCCCCCUUGAAACUCGCUCAAGCUUUAAGUAUUCAAGAGGAUGAAGUCAUUCCAAAACACAUUCGAUAGGCUUUUGAAUAGGCUAGGUAGAAUGCUGACAUCAUGCCCUAAAAGUAACUAGAGAAAGUACAAGAAAUAUUGUUAAAGAAUAGAUGCUCAAACAAGAGUUAGGCAGUGAUUGGAUGAGCAAAUUCAAAGAAUUCGAACUCAAACCCUUUGCUGCUGCUUCGAUUGGACAAGUGCAUGAAGCCAUUACAUCAUAAGGGUAACGUGUGGCUGUCAAAAUUCAAUAUCCAGGAGUGAAGGAAGCCAUAGAUAGUGAUUUAAACAAUCUGAAAAGACUUAUGGAAUAUACCAACUUGUUCCCAAAGACCAUGUUCUUAGAUAAAUUGAUAGCCAAUACCAGAAGGGAAUUGCAUGAGGAAUGCGAUUAUAAGAUAGAAGCUGCAAAAUAAAUGAAUUAUAGGAAGUUAUUUGGAAAUCAACCUGAAUUUGCCAUUCCUGAAGUGAUUAGCGACUUGUCAACGACCAGGAUCUUGACUGCUGACUACUUGUAUGGAGACACAAUUGAUUUUGCAGCUGAAAAUUACCCUUAGCAUUUGAGAAAUGAAAUCGGGAGAAGAGUGAUGAGUCUGACACUCUAAGAACUCUUUAAAUUUAGAACCAUGCAGACAGAUCCAAAUCCUUCCAAUUUCUAUUUUGAUAGACACAAUAAUAAGUUGAUUCUACUUGAUUUUGGAGCAGGUAGUUCAAUUAUUUAGUAAUUCUAGUUCAUGAAUACACUAAACCCUUUAUGGACAAUUACAUUGGAGUCAUUUAUGCUGCCACCAUUUAGGAUCGAAAGGAGUGUUUGCAAAGAUCUGUUGAUUUAGGGUUUUUGACAGGAGAGGAAAGCAUCCGAAUGAAGGAAGCCCAUGUAGAUUCUAUCAUAUGUGUUGGAGAACCAUUCAGACAUCAAGGGGAGUUCGAUUUUGGAGAACAAUAGAUGACCAAAAAGAUAUAUGAACUUAUGCCAGUUAUGCUCAAGUAUCGAAUGAGACCUCCACCUCCUGAGAUCUACUCAUUGCACAGGAAGUUGUCAGGAGCAUACUUAAUGAAUAUGAGACUAAAAACUAAGGUUAAUUGCAGAGACAUAUUUAUGAAUCUUUAUGAAUAAUAUAUAAAACUAUAAUGA